AUGUUCUCGACGCUAUCGGCAACACCCCUUGUGUAUGCCUCAAGAAUGUCGUCCCUGAAGGAUGCGCAGAAGUCUAGCUCAAGCUCGAGUACUUCAAACCCAACGGGGUCAUGUAAAGGCAGAAUGGCCAAGUCCAUCAUCGAAGAAGCUGAAAAGAGUGGCAGGCUGAAACCAAGCAUGGCCGUGGUUGAAGCGAGUGGUGGAAACACAGGUUCUUCACUGGCUCUUGUCUGUGCAGCCAAGGGGUACAACUGCCACAUUGUUACCUCGAAUGCCUUUGCUGUUGAGAAGCUUCGGACGAUGAGUGCUAUUGGGACACAUGUGGAAAUAAUUCAUUGUCCGUCUGGCAAAAUCCACGCCGAUCUCAUUCCGUCCAUGAUCUGCCGGGUUGCGGAGCAUUCGCAGGAUGAUCAGAUGUAUUGGACUGAUCAGUUCAACAACCGAGACGGUUUCGAGGGAUACGAGGUUCUUGAGUCAGAGCUGGUUGAACAAUUUCCGAAUGGGGUGGAUGCCUUUUGCGGUGUUGUUGGAGCUGCUGACCCUGGUGGCUCAGCUGAAUUGUUCAUUAUUGUGGCUGAUCUUCUCUUUAAAGACGUCACGAUGAUCAACAAUGAGUCCUGUGGCUUUUGGGCGCCUUUUCUAGCCCUUUUGAUGAGAGGGAUUUACGGUUUGGGUUUCAUCUUCCUUGAUGGUACCUUCGGUCAAAAAGUAGGAAUCGCCAUUCCAGGAUGUGUGAGCGACUGCAUCAGAAGCAUGAAAGCUGAAUGCGAUUCCGGAGCCGUAAUGUGUCUGCACUGGGCUUAUAAGGGCAACAGAUUUAUCGAUGAGCUGUCGUCCUGCCUCAAGGAAGGAUGCAACCCGGAUGAAGUCGUUCUGGCUGAGGAUUUCCAUGGUCCUCUGUAUGCUAGAGUGGACAGACCUAAGAUUGGUCUAGAAGGGCGGAUUACCACAACCGCAGAUGCCAAUGCACCACCUAUCGUUGGCCAAGGAGAGUCAUUGACUACUUUAGGGGACGACACCCAGGAGGUUAUGUCAACCGAGGAUGCCAAUGCACCACCUGUCAUCGGCCAAGGAGAGUCAUUGACUACGUUGAGCGAAGAUACUGAGGAGGCUGUGUCAACCAAAGAUUCCGACACAUCGACCUCAAUCGAUUCUGUGAAAGCUGGGGUAGCGGCUUCAGCAUCAACGACGAAAGCUGUGGCAGAAACGACAGCUUCAACGAGCACCAAAAGCUCAAUCGCCCGAAGUACCUCAACGAAAGAAGAACAAGCCACCGAAACGGUACUACCGGCUAGUGAUAAAUACUACCCUGGAGGAGGGCUGAGUGCCGGGGCCAAGGCAGGUAUUGGAGUCGGCGUAGCCUUGGGUGUUAUGGGAUUCGGUUGUCUUGUCGCUGCGAUCUGGCUUAUGAGACGAAGAAGGGCCAUUAUGGGUGCACCGGGGACAGGUGUGACACAUGCUCGACCAUUGAAAUCACCGCGGCAGGUCGAGGUAGCAGAGAUUGAUGGACGACCAGCUCCACAAGAGCUGCCUGCUUGA